AAGGCAGGAAAUGGAAACUGAAAGUCAACGGAGAACCAGAAAACGAAACUGUUCUCUCUCUCUUUCUUUGCCAGAAUUGAGCAAGACAGCAAGCUGCUGACUAUGCCUAGACCUCAGCGAUCACCUCAAAUGUCAUUCUCGGAUCCCAGUACCUGGGAGCAGAUGUUUCAAGAGCUGAUUCAGGAGGAGAAACCCAGGGCCAAGUGGACCUUGCAGCUGGAUAAGAACAUUUUGCCGGAUGACUUGACCACGGGAUGGAGGCAGUACCAGCAGGAAGGAGAUGGCUGGAUAAUUGAAGCCAUAGUUGCCACCUCACCUUGCUGGCCUCCCCAGUGCUUCAUCAUCUUGAUCGCCAUCCUAGAAGCACACGUUCCUGGCUCUUCAAAUGAUGCUUGGCUAAACAUGUUGAGUAAAGAGCCAAGUUUCCCGAGUUCCACACAAAUCCAGCACACACUAACCCACAAGCCUGACUUGUGUGUAGACAAGGCAUGCUCUUACUGUUCACAGUGUCACUGGCUUGUCCGUGUUCCUGCAUCUUCAGCACCUUACGAGGACUCGCCACUGCCGGCAUCCCCAUUUCCUUUGCUGGGUCUUUGGCCGUGAAAGCCCAUUAUGAAAGAAGUUGGAAAUGAAGACUUUAUGCAUCUUACUAGCUCCCAAAUAGCCCUUAAUUGUGACUCAUAGGAGUUGGGGCCUGAGUGGCCCUGCUCCCUCAUCUACCACGUGGCACGAUUCUGAAGUCUGUGUCUACCCCCUAGAGUAAUAAUGUUAAUCUCUAGUCACCCACAGUAAUUGCAAAUUCAAUAACCUAUGUAGACUGACUUCCAAUCUUUCUUCCUCUCCCAUCUGCUGGUGUUUCUCUUCCUCCAAGAGUAACUACUUUGUUAUGCUUUUCUCAUCUUGAAACCAGGGGCAGGCCACCACGGUGGGAAGGCCUUCUCACUGAAGAGAAUGUGGUUAAAGAACAGGUCCAGGACACAGAGCUGGGCUCUGACUCGAUGCUGUCCCAGCUCUGUCUGAGUUUAGGCAGGCCAUUUCUCUCUGGGUUUUGUUUUCUCACAAUCUAACACAAAGGAUUUGGCCCAGACUGACAUUUUUCAAAUAUAUUCAAUUACUGGGAUGCUAACAGCUAUCACAUAGUAAAGAAGACAGACAGCUGCUGGUCUGUACACGGGACAGUCUGGGCCUCUCUGGCGAUCUAAAGGACAGGUAGGAGUGCCCGGCUCGGCGCCUGACUCCGCAGGGCAGUGGUCCAGCUUUGGCUGAAGUUUUUCCUCCAUAUUUCCUCGUCUGGAAAAACACACUAAAGUCUCGGAUUCAAAUGCUUGCCCAGCGACAGGAUUUCUCACGGGAUUUGGUGUCUGUUGGGAAUAGUGGGUGCUCCCUUUGCCUGUGCACCUGCAACCCUUUACACAGUCUUUCCCUAGUGAGAUCUCAGCAAGUACCUCCCAGCCUGCUGUGUUCUGCUGCUCUCAAACACACACACCAGAAGCAGCAGCAGCUUUGAGAGAUCAAGAGUCUACCUCAAGGGAGCAGGAACCCUGAAAGGUGUUUCUACCGGUCUCCAGUUGUUGUUGACAACUGUUGCGACCACAUUUUUGCCAGGAGUUGACGGUCAGAAGCAUGGGACAGUAAGAAACAAAGGGAGGGGGUGGGGAGAGAGAGAAAGAAAGCACACAUGCAAGCAAGCAAGCAAGCAAGCAAACUGGCAGAAAUGAUUUUAGAAGGUGCCCGUUGUUUCAAUUAUUUAAACUUGCUCGGAUUUGUCUAUAUAAAGAGGAGGCGUAAUUUUC